GGUGCGUCCACACCUGCGACACAACAAGUCGGCAACAUUAAGUACAACUUUGUAGGCAAUAAGUUGUUCGACUGUUGACGGAACAUUGUUGUCGACAUGUUGGUAGCGAUUUAUUGGUGAUAUGUUGGCAACCCUGGUAUGGACGAGUCGAUGUGGUUGGAGAUAUCCGAGCAGACACAGAACACCAACAGCGACUGCGUGAGCGUGACCAUGGAGUGGUCAAGAGAAAAGACUGCUCAAUUAAUUGAAAUUUAUCGAGGAUACCCAUUGCUAUGGGAUCCGACCCAUGCCCUAUACAAACACAGGUUCAAGAGGGCAGACGCCUGGCGUGAAAUAGCUGAAAAUAUCCAAAUGGAGAGAGAUGAAGUGGAGAAAAAAAUGAAGAACCUCGUGACACAGUUCAGAAGAGAACUGAAAAAAUCUCAAGAAAAGAAGUCUGGUGAUGGAACUGAGGACGCAUACAAGAGUCAGUGGUUUGCGUUCAGCAUCAUGCUGUUUCUAGCUGACAAACACAAGCCACAUAAGACCUAUGAUGCUGGAUUUCAGAAGAGUGCAGAUAACGCAUCGACAUUGGCUGACGCUGAUGAGUGCGCAGGAGACAUGGUAGUGGGUGAGUCUACAUUCGAAGGAGACGAAUAUAGCCGUCCGAGCACAAGUGGAACAAAUGCUGCUGCACCCGCAAAGAUUAGGAAGAUUGCUGCCACGAUACCACCGCGGCGCUCCCUGGACGUGCCCACCUUCGACCUGCCCACCUUCGACCUGCCCUCUUUCGACCUGCCCACGGUGCUGCUGGUGGCAGCAGGCGUCCACCCCUCACGGCAGGAAGCAGCAGCCAUCCCCCUCACCUACGCCUUCUUCAGGAGGACGGGGCAGCUGAUACGCCUAUGA